UACAGCAGGUUAGGUCCUUCCUUAGCAGCGGAACCAUGAGUCAAAGGCACAAGGAUUGAUAGUGGUUUCAUACUUAUCUAAUGGCUCUAGAGCAGGCUCUGCACAGGAUAGCUGUGGCUCAUUAUGUACAGCGUGGUCAUUGCUCAGGCUCCUGGGAUGUUGACACAGCACAGCUGGGAAAAUAUGAAGAUUUUGUGGCUGGUAGUGGUGGCGUGGUGUGUCCUAGCACCUCCAGCGCAGGCCAGCAAGAGCUCGGAGGACAUCCGCUGCAAGUGCAUCUGCCCCCCAUACCGGAACAUCAGUGGGCACAUUUACAAGAAGAAUGUGUCACAGAAAGACUGCAACUGCCUGCACGUGGUGGAGCCGAUGCCCGUGCCGGGGAACGAUGUGGAAGCCUACUGCCUGCUGUGUGAGUGCAAGUACGAGGAGCGCAGCACCACCACCAUCAAGAUCAUCAUCAUCAUCUACCUCUCAGUGGUGGGGGCGCUGCUGCUGUACAUGGCCUUCCUCAUGCUGGUCGACCCCUUGAUCCGGAAGCCAGACGCCUACACCCAGCCCCUGCACAAUGAAGAGGAGAACGAGGAGGCCCGCUCAUUGGCAGCAGCUCCCGCUCCCACCGGCGCCAGAGCCAACACGGUGCUGGAGAGGGUGGAAGGAGCCCAGCAGCGAUGGAAGCGCCAAGUGCAGGAGCAGAGGAAGACGGUUUUUGACCGACACAAGAUGCUGAGCUAGAGCAAGCCAGGCAUGCAGCGACGGCCCGCUGGAGACAGGCAGCUGCAGCGUAGUGGAGAUAGGCCAUGUCUAUCUCACCCAAUAGGACCCCCACAUUGUUUGUUUUGAGCCCUGCAACCCAUUCUCCCCAGUGUUUCAUAGAGCAAACAAGGCCAAAGUGCCUUGACUGUGCCCUCUGCCCCCUUUGCAGCCUAAGCCAGAGGCACCCUGAGCUUUGCCCAGCUGAGGGCCCCAUUGACAACUGCCCUCAAAUGGCCCCAAAGGAAUCCUGGUGCAGCCACUGUCAUCCUUAAUAAGGAGACUGGCAGAGACUACAGCUCCCAGCAUGUACUGCUCCAGCUUGAUUCCCCAGCGGUCAUGACACAGAGUGCUGCAUGCUGGGACCAGUCGGCUGUACCUCGGUGUUAAAAGUUGCGGGCAAAGGUGGGACCCAGUUUUAGAACUCCCUUGCCUGCAUUUGGCGCUUGGUGUGUGCCCCUCUCCGGAAGCAUGUCACGUGGCAUGAAAUAGCCUUGAGCGAGGGCAUUGUAAUCACUGGGGAAUCCCUGUCCCUUGCCUCUUCCUUUUAGCCGUUGUGUAACAAUCUGCAGCCUGGAGAAUUCAAAGAAAGCUAUUUAAUGAAA